AUGGCCGAGUUGAAUCUGGGCAAAGGUCUGACCGCGGGGAAAGUGGCCAGCAACGUGCAAAAGAAGCUCACCCGCGCGCAGGAAAAGGUUCUCCAAAAACUUGGCAAGGCCGAUGAGACCAAAGACGAAGCGUUCGAGGAGUGGGUGAUCAACUUCAACAAACAAUAUGCAGAAGGCAGUAAACUCCAGCGGGACCUGCGGGCGUAUCUGGAGGCAGUCAAAGCCAUGCACGAGUCCUCCAAGAACAUCCAGUCGUGUCUGGCAGACAUGUACGAGCCCGAGUGGAAGGGACACAGGAAGGUGGACUCCAUCGUGGAGGACUGUGACGUGCUCUGGGAGGACUACCACCAGAAGCUGGUGGACCACGCCCUCAUCUCCAUGGACACUUACCUGGGACAGUUCCCUGACAUCAAGGCUCGUAUUGCCAAAAGAGACAGAAAGCUGGUGGACUAUGACAGUGCCAGACAUAACUACGCUGCCACACACAAGACCAAGAAAAAGGACGGGGGCAUCAAACUCACCAAGCCAUCCACCCUCCUGGAGAGAGCCACCCCCGGCUGGGCUCAGGGCAUCCUGUCUGCCCACAACGUGGCCCAGAGCAGCCUGUCCAGGAGCCAGGCUGAGGAGGAGCUGGAAAGAGCCCAGAAGGUGUUUGAGGAGAUCAACCUGGACCUGCAGGAGGAGCUUCCUUCCCUCUGGAACAGCCGCGUGGGCUUCUACGUGAGCACCUUCCAGAGCCUCGCCGCCUUCGAAGAGAAGUUCCACCACGAGAUGAGCCGGUUGGACCAGGACCUGUACGACGUUUUGGUGAAACUGGAGAACACAGACACAAGCAGCAGGACAGGUAACCGUGGCGCGGCGGCGUCGGGAGCUAACAGGAGUGGCAAAGAGGCGUCGAACCACACGCUCAGGCCAGGCGGACCUCCACCCAUCCCCAAGUCCCCGUCCAAGUUAAAGCCAGCAGUGCCUCCUCCUCCAAAGGUGACCCCGUCUAAAGAGAUGAAGACCGAAAACAUCAUCAACCUGUUCGACGCCGCCAACAAUCCAGACAUCAGCGUCACGUCUCCAACGGAGGUCAGUGCCGAGCCUCUCCUCAGCCUGUUGGACCUCGACCUGGACUCUUUCAGUGCGGCGGCGCAGUCUGCCUCCGGUGUGGCACAGCCGACGAACUGGGAUUCCUGGGAGGAGGAGGACGAGGAGCCGCCGCCCGCCGCCCGCCGCCACUACGACCCCAUAGCGGCGGCUCAGGAGGGCUGGGGCGACGACGGCACUCAGCCCGUCCGCUACGACCCCAUCGCCGCCGCCCAGGAGGGGUGGGGCGACGACGGCACCCAGCCCGUCCGCUACGACCCGCUGGCGGCUGCUCAGGGCGGCUGGGACCCGGAGGGAGACGGCGCCGCUCAGUACGACGAAGAGGGCGACUACGAGCAGGAAGCCCCCCGCGAGCAGGAGCAGGAGGAGUGGGCGGAACCGGCGACGGACGAGGCCGCUCCCGUCGCUCAGGAGGAAGAGCCUGAGGAACCGACAGAGGAACCGACAGAGGAACCGACAGAGGAACCUCCCGCAGAAGUCGCCGUCGUGCAGGAGGAGGAGGAGGCUGCCCCAGAGCCCGAGGAGGCAGCUCCCACGGUGGAGGUGGAGGAGGGUCAGAAGGAGGUGCUACUGGAGGCUGCGGCGUCAGCACCAGCUGCAGAAGAACCCACGGAGGCUCCAGCAGCAGAGCCAGAGCUGCCCCCGGGUUUCAUGUUUAAGGUGGAGGUGAUGCACGACUACGCCGCCAACGACACGGACGAACUGGACAUGAAGGCAGGAGACGUGGUGCUCGUCAUCCCCUUCGACAACCCGGACGAACAGGACGACGGCUGGCUCAUGGGCAUCAAGCAGCAGGACUGGCAGCAGAACAGAGAGGGCGCCGCCAAGGGGGUUUUCCCAGAGAACUUCACCCAGCGCCUGUGA